AUGCUGUACUCAAGGUUUUCGUUGGCGCCUAUCCGCCUGGUGGAGUGCCCGCGCGACGCGAUGCAGGGGCUCUCUCACUUCAUCCCCACAGCACACAAGGUUCGUUAUUUGAAUGCCCUCUUGAAAUGUGGUUUUUAUUCAGUUGAUUGCGCCUCAUUUGUUUCGCCGCGGGCUGUGCCGCAAAUGCGAGAUAGUGCGGAAGUGCUUGCCGGCUGCAACCGUGCACUGCUAAGGGGCGAAAAUGCCCCAAAACUCUCGGUCGUGGUUGCAUCCCAAGCAGGGUUUAAGAGGGCGAUUGAAACGUCUAUUUUGAGCACCAUUGGAUACCCACUUUCCUGCUGUGAACGAUUUCAAGAACUCAACACGAAAAAGAGCAUCGCCGUGGCUCUUGACGAUAUUACACAAAUGCAGAACGCUGUUUUAGAUGCGAAUGCGGAGAUGCUGUCCGGCAUUGGACUGCCAUUGGGCGUCAGCAAAAAGAAGGAACUGGUUGUUUAUCUUUCUAUGGCCUUUGGUAAUCCAUACGGUGAAGAUUACAGCCUAGAUGUUGUGGAACGACUUGCUUCCCAAUUGGUCUCCAUUGGCGUGCGCACAAUCACUCUUGCUGAUACCGUUGGUGUCUCGGAGCCGCAGAUGACUUUUGACCUCUUCAAGCGCUUGCAGAAUAAGUUCCCUGAAGUUUCUUUUGGUGCUCACUUCCACAGUAACACCGCAACCUCCAAAGAAAAGAUACUUGCGGCGCUGGAAGCGGGCUGUGAGCGGUUUGACAGUGCACUUGGAGGCAUGGGAGGAUGUCCGUUUGCAAAGAAGGACCACCUCGUUGGUAAUGUGGCGACGGAAACUGUGCUUCAAGCGCUGGAAGAGCGUAAUCUCCUACCCGCAACGAUUGGCCGCAAGCAAAUCAAAGAGUGUGUCCUCCUUAAGCAACAAAUAUUUGGAGUCACGGUGAAGGACAUGCUCUUGUCGCAAAGCCUUCAUGAUGAAAAGUGUUUUGCACAACUGUGUCAGGAACAUUUUAAGUUGUACGAUGUCGAUGACAAUGGAAUGCUGGACUACGAGGGUUUUCGCUCAAGCAUGCUUGGAGUCUUUGACGAGUUGGGCUGUGAGGCGCCCAGUGAGGAAAAAAUUCGCUCAAGCUUUCAUAAAGUUGAUCUGCAGAAUCUUGGGCGCAUCACGGUUGACGCCUACAUGAUGGGCGCCAGGCGACUCCUCCUGAAGCGGCUGGAAUUCUUUUCCAAGCUAAAGUGUGAUAAGAAUUGCAGUUACCACCGUGCCAUUGCCGCCUAG